AUGGAGCCUAAAAAUGGAGACAAGCCAUUCCCUCAGCAACGCGUCUCUCAAGACCUUGCAGAUAGCGAGAUCGCCAAGCCGGGAGAGGCACUGUCUUACGAUGAGGAGCCCACCAUCGCUCCGGCAAACCAUGUCCCUAACACAGCCGAAGAAAGAGACCUUGUUCGCAAGAUCGACUUUACACUCCUGCCUUAUUUGUGGUGGAUGUAUAUCCUUGCAUACUUGGAUCGUGGCGAUAUUGCGAAUGCAACUGCCGCUGGUAUAAGUAAAAGUCUUAACAUGAAGGAUAACGACUGCUCGCUUCUUGUGUACCUCUUUUUCGUCGGCUACUUCCUCUGUGAAGUCCCCUCUAACAUGAUUAUGAACUAA